AUGCAUUUCUUGACUAUAUAUCCCACUGCAGCAGCGGUUGUCAGAGCGCUGAGCCCGGCAGGCAGGAAGGAGGCUCGUGGACUUGAGCGGUUAGGAAUUCAGGGCUUUGGACAGACUCGCCAGCCUUCGGUAAACUUGGGCUGUGCGAGUGGUGCUUCAAUGCUGAAGAUGGAGCCUCUGAACAGCACGUCCGCCAGCACCACCGUGCCCAGCAGCCCCCUCGAGUCCCACGUGCCGGGCGGCAGCAGCAGCAACGGCAAUGAAUAUUUCUACAUCCUGGUGGUCAUGUCCUUCUAUGGCAUCUUCUUGAUUGGCAUCAUGCUGGGGUACAUGAAGUCCAAGAGACGGGAGAAGAAGUCCAGCAUCCUGCUGCUGUACAAAGACGAAGAGAGGCUCUGGGGGGAGGCCAUGAAGCCGCUGCCCACCGCGCCGGGGCCGAGGUCCAUGCAGGUGCCGGUCAUGCUAAGCAUGCUGCAGGAGAGCGUGGCGCCCGCCCUGUCCUGCACACUCUGCUCCAUGGAGGGAGACAGCGUGAGCUCCGAGUCCUCCUCUCCUGAUGUGCACCUCACCAUCCAGGAGGAAGGGGCGGAUGAUGAGCUGGAGGAGACUUCGGAGACACCCCUCAACGAGAGCAGUGAAGGGUCCUCAGAGAAUAUCCAUCAGAAUUCCUAG